AUGGCCUCCUCCUCCUCCCCCUCUUCCUCCGUCAUCCUCUUCACCCCAGGCCAGCACACCCCGCUCAUCCCCUACCUCGCCGCCAUCCACGCCUCCUGCAUCACCCACGACCGUACCAUCGCCGGCUUCAUCCCCCCGCUCUCCCACGAGAAGCUCCUCGCCUACUGGAAGGACCGCAUCGCCGAGGUGUCCGCCGGCACCCGCCUGCUCCUCCUCCUCGUCCGCGCCGACGACAGCACCGACCCCGCCAACGGCCUGCUGGACCACCACCUCGCCGUCCCCAAGGGCACCAACCUCGUGGGCAUCGUCAUGCUGGACAUGCCGCCCUCCGAGACCAGCUCCUUCCGCGCCGUCGUCGAGAAGCUGCUCGUCCACCCUUCGUACCGCGCCCGCGGCGGCGCCACCGCCCUGGUCGACGCCCUGGAGAGGGAGGCCGUCAAGCGAGGGAGAACCAUGCUUACCUUGGAUACAGAGUCUGGCAGCCUGGCCGAGUCUGUCUUCAGCAAACUCGGGUACACUGAGGUUGGCAGAAUACCAAAAUAUGGGCUCAGUCCGUCGGGGGAAUUCAAAGACGUCACAUUCUUCUACAAGUCACUUGAAACUUGA